AUGAAUAAGGGGAAGAAGCAGAAAAGGAUGCGGGGAAUGAUCCAACGACCAGAAAGCCGCGUGGGAAAGACGAGUUUCGCCAAAAUAGAAGCGCGUGGUGGUAAAGGUAUGUAUGAAAGGGAAGACCCUCCGCCCCCCCUGGGAUGUCUGAGAGAGGGAUUCGACUCUGUUCAUCCUUGGGAGAAGAGCAUGCACAGCGCCCAUGCCGUUCACCUGCCAUCACUACCCACUAUGGCAGUCGGCAUGAUCCUGAGGUCUCCACAUCCCUGGAAAUUACAAGGGUCUGUUUCUGCCAGCACCUCAAAGUGUACUGCCGGGUACCUUGUGUUUCCUAAUUUAAUUUACCAUGAACAAGAAAGAGGGUAG